AGGCAGAGGCGAGAACGCGCCGCAGUAGAAGUCGAGGGGGUGGAGUCGCAGAAGGCGGGGCGCGGCGGUAUUGACGUCAUCUUCUCGCGGUGCUUCUCUUUCGGUGUGUGAGGAGGAGGCGGCGGCGGGAGCCACACCGGAGGAGCUGAGGGGGGAAGAACAUCCGCCGAUACCCCGUCUUGCACCGGACGCAGGGGCCUCCCCCGGACACCGUCAAGUAGACAAAGGCUGGUGGAGCAGGAGCCAUGACUGAAAUCAGCGACCUCGACCGGCAAAUCGAGCAGCUCAGGCGCUGUGAACUCAUCAAAGAGAGUGAAGUAAAAGCCCUUUGUGCCAAGGCCCGGGAAAUUCUAGUGGAAGAGAGCAAUGUUCAGAGGGUGGACUCCCCCGUCACGGUGUGUGGUGAUAUCCAUGGACAGUUCUAUGACCUGAAAGAGCUAUUCAGGGUUGGGGGAGAUGUUCCAGAAACCAAUUAUCUUUUCAUGGGAGACUUUGUGGACCGUGGCUUUUAUAGUGUUGAAACAUUCCUUCUCCUCCUAGCACUGAAGGUCCGCUACCCAGACAGGAUCACAUUGAUUCGUGGCAACCACGAAAGUCGACAGAUUACUCAAGUGUACGGCUUCUAUGAUGAAUGUUUGCGCAAAUAUGGCUCAGUGACUGUAUGGCGGUACUGCACAGAAAUCUUCGACUAUCUCAGCCUGUCUGCCAUCAUUGAUGGAAAGAUUUUCUGUGUGCACGGUGGAUUGUCGCCCUCUAUACAGACUUUGGACCAGAUCCGAACCAUAGACCGCAAACAGGAAGUGCCCCAUGACGGGCCCAUGUGUGACCUUCUGUGGUCUGAUCCAGAAGACACCACUGGAUGGGGAGUGAGCCCGCGAGGAGCUGGUUACCUAUUCGGCAGCGACGUCGUAGCACAGUUCAAUGCAGCCAACAAUAUAGACAUGAUCUGUCGGGCACAUCAGCUGGUUAUGGAAGGGUACAAGUGGCAUUUCAAUGAGACAGUCUUGACGGUGUGGUCGGCUCCAAACUACUGUUAUAGAUGUGGAAAUGUUGCUGCCAUACUUGAACUGGACGAACACCUCCAGAAGGAGUUUAUCAUCUUUGAAGCUGCACCACAAGAGACCAGAGGGAUCCCCUCAAAGAAGCCGGUUGCCGACUACUUCCUGUGACUUGUCCCCCCUCCCCCCCUUCGUCUCUGGGGGCCUCUCCACUAUUUCCUCCUGAUGUCUAUUUUGACCUUCUCCCGGCACCUCUUUGACCCUUUCUCUCUGGCCUCGGGACCAUCACGGAAGAACCUGUAAAGAGCAUCUCUUGGUCCCUUUUUUUAGGUCUUACAAAGGAUGUGAUGCAGUGAGGGGGGAGUAAAGGGGACGGUGAACUCUUGUUAUGACACUGGGGCAGUCACAACAUUGUAGGGAAUAGAGAAGAGCUCUGCGGGUUGUAAAAUGGAGCAAUGUACUGUGAGUCUCAGGAACUGGGUUUUCUUAAAAGAUGUGUAAGACUUUUUUUUUGGAGGGUGGGGGGGUUGAGGGCAAAAGAGCAUUGUGGUUAGGGGGGGGGAUGACAUUGGGGAAAGGGGAGAGUUAUGCAAGGAAACCAAAAUCCUUUUAAACAUUAUUAUUUUUUUUUUAGGAGUUUCUUCCUCCAAUUUUAUAAAUUCCUAGCACCCAAAUCCAGUCAUUCCUCUUCACGAUCUGUGACUGGCCAGUUAAGUCUGGCACGGUCAGUUUUUUUUUCUGCUGGGACAAUGCGAGUUUGGAGUGCCUUAGUGCAAGCAGACCCUGGGCUCAUAUUCCCAGCAGGCCUGAGAAAGAUGUGUGCAUUUCCCAUAAUAUGUUGCCAUAAAUUUCUCAAGUUUCCUCCCUUUCUCUUUAUUUAUACCCCCCUCGCCUCUCUGGACUUUGUGUUGGCAGCCAUGCUAAAUCCACCCCACGUUUUGGCUACUUCUGACAGACAAAAUGCAGAAUUUAAACAGCAUUAUAAAGACAUAGAGCACUGCUAAGGGGGCGGGGUUUAAGUCAUCACGCCAACAGCCAACCCUGGGGGGGGGGAAAUCAAUGGCUUCAUUUACCAACAAUCUUCUGGAUUAGUCCUCCUAGGCCCUCUCCUCUUUCUCUCUGCCAUCUUUUUAUAUCGUCACCCUUUGCAUUACAACAAAGAGAAAUUUAAACUGUUUCCCAGUAUUUUUUAUUUUUUUU